UCUCUCCUCCCAAUGAUACAGUGUUGGACAGAGACAUUACUGAAGAUGUGUUGCCUCCUGCCCCUCGCUGCUCUCCUCUUCCUUUCCAUCGUUCCUUCAGUAACUGAAGUGGUGCAGUCGAUCUCAGACUGUGCAGAGUUUCUCCUGGAGCACACUCCACCAGAUGUGCCGGGAGUCUUAAAGGAAGGGAAAAUCCUGGACCAGAACAGAUACAAAGUCAUUUGCCAGACUUUGAGUAACGUGAGAACAUUUGUGACGCUUUACGACACGAAGAAUAGGAUUCCAGUGUUUUCUGCUAACAAGUACAGAGGAGACGGGGGUAAGAGACCCCCACCUAUCUGGAAAAUAGAACCGCAGCUUGAAGACAUACGCAGCAACAAGAACAUGGUCCCCGUAUCCAAAAAGAAGACCUACAACAACCAGGCCGGGGAUAUUGAUUACAAAGACCAAACAGUAUACGACAGAGGGCAUUUAUUUCCAUGCUCUUAUGGAGCGACUGAAAAUGACAAGAAAGCUACCUUUACCCUGACCAACAUUGUUCCACAAGAAAACUCAUUCAACCAAGGAAGCUGGCAGAGAAUGGAGAGCUGCGUCAAAUGUGUUCUGGAUAAAUACUGCAUCAACAACAAUAAUAUUACAGAAGGCUUUCUGGUAAUUGGAGCACAGCCUGGCAACAACAAGCUAAAGGACAGGGUUAAUAUUCCUUCCAUGCUGUGGUCAGCAUUCUGCUGCUACAGUCAUAGUGAGAAUAAAUGGCUAGCAAGUGCGCACUGGGGUGAAAACAUCAAAGAUAGUUCUAAAUAUCUGCAGACUAAGACCUUGGCAGAGCUCCAUAAUAAACUGAGUAUACCAAGCUCAACAUUUGAUGUGUUUCCUGGAACACAAUGUCCUCUCAGCACAACUGUCACUCAGUUUUACCCAAAACUUAACAAAACUUGCCAAUGCCCACCACUUAUUUCAACUAUUUCUGUCCCCCCCACAAUCACUGCUACCUCUCCAGUUUUAACAUCUGCGCCUCUCACUACCGCAUCUGCCCCACCUAGUACCACAGCUGACCUACUGUCUACCACAUUUACUUCUCUCAGUACCACAUCUGUCCCACCUUCUACCACUCCAAGUACAUCUGGCCCUCCCACGACCACCUCCGAUCCUUUUACUACCACAUCUGUCCCUCCCAGUACCACAUCUGACCCUUUUACCACCACAUCUGCAAGUUCUACAUCUGAUCCUUUUACGACCACAUCUGGCCUACUUUCUACCACAUCAUUCACAAUUUCUACUACAUCUGUCUCUUCCAGUACUACGUCUGCUCCUCUUACAACCACAUCCGCUGUUUUUACCACUACAGCUGGCACUCCUACAUCUGACCCUUUCACUACUACAUCUGGCCUUCCUAGUACCACAUCUGGCCCUCCAAAGUACUACGUCUGCCCCUCUUACAACCACAUCUGGCCUUCUUACCACUACAGCUGGAACCUCUACAUCAGCCCCUGUUACUACCACAUCUUCCCCUCCCAGUACAACAUCUGUCCCUCCCACAACUACAACUGGCCACGUUACUACGACAACCAGUACUCCCUCAACUACUGCUACUACCACUCUUAG